GAAGAUCUACAGUUCAAAGCCAUCCUCCCCUACACCGCAAGUUCGAGGCUAGCCUUGGGCUACAGGAGACUCUGUAUCAGGAAAAAAAAUUGUUAAAACAGCAGCGGAAGGAGAAGCAGCUGGUUCUUAGGAAGGCACGCACUUGCUCCUAAGCAUUUAGAUUCCGAAGCGUUUUCAAAGCUGGUUACAGUCCUUACCACAGCACACCCUUGUGAGGAGCGGUUGUGCGAUCAGAUCGAUCUAAGAUGGCGACUGUGGAACCGGAAACCACCCCUACUACUAAUCCCCCACCUGUGGAAGAGGAAAAAACAGAAUCUAAUCAGGAGGUUGCCAACCCAGAGCACUAUAUUAAACACCCUCUACAAAACAGGUGGGCACUCUGGUUUUUUAAAAAUGAUAAAAGCAAAACUUGGCAAGCAAACCUUCGAUUGAUCUCUAAGUUUGAUACUGUUGAAGACUUUUGGGCUCUAUACAACCAUAUCCAGUUGUCUAGUAAUUUAAUGCCUGGCUGUGACUACUCACUUUUUAAGGAUGGUAUUGAGCCGAUGUGGGAAGAUGAGAAAAACAAGCGGGGAGGACGAUGGCUAAUUACAUUGAACAAACAGCAGAGACGAAGUGACCUCGAUCGCUUUUGGCUAGAGACACUGCUGUGCCUUAUUGGAGAAUCUUUUGAUGACUACAGCGAUGAUGUAUGUGGAGCUGUUGUUAAUGUUAGAGCUAAAGGUGAUAAGAUAGCAAUAUGGACUACUGAAUGUGAAAACAGAGACGCAGUCACACACAUAGGGAGGGUAUACAAGGAAAGGUUAGGACUUCCUCCAAAGAUAGUGAUUGGUUAUCAGUCCCACGCAGAUACAGCUACGAAGAGCGGCUCCACCACUAAAAAUAGGUUUGUUGUUUAAGAAGACACCUGAGUGUUCUCACAGGAGACUGCGUCACGCAAUCGAGAUUGGGAGCUGAACCAAAGCCUCAUCCAAGCAGAGUGGACUGCACUGAAGUUUGAUUCCAUCUAAAUGUUGCUAAGAUAUAAGAGAAGUCUCAUUCGCCUUUGUCUUGUACCUCUGUUCAUUUCUCCCCCUCCCCCUGCCCCCAGUUUUUGCUAAUAUGUCCACUAUCCCAAUCAAAGAAUUACAGUAUACGUCACCCCAGAACUGGCAGAUGUGAUCCUGGCCACACUGUAACAGCUGGUUAGAAUUGCCAUGAUACACACACUUGCCUUUCCACAGUAUUCGAAAAAGAACUUGCAUUUCUGUUACCUUAGCAGGAAAAGAUCUGUUUCUGUUCCACUCCGUGCAGGAGCGUGUUUUGCUGGUGAGAGUCUGACUACAGUUUUCUAGCAACCUCGUUUCCUUUCCCAGCAUUCUCCUUGCUGUCCUCUUGCUGAUGGCUGCUAGAGUUUAAUUUAUUUGCUUCCCUCCUUGAUAACAUUAGUGAUUCUGAUUUCAGUUUUUCAUUUGUUUUGCUUUUGUUUUUUUCCUCAUGUAACAUUGGUGAAGGAUCCAGGAAUAUGACAGAAAGGUGGAAUAAACAUUAAAUUUGUGCA